AUGAGGCAGCCCGGGGCUGGCACAGCCAAGUCCCAGUCCCAUGGAACCAACAGGAUGAGUCCUGGUCAGAUCCCAGCUCCCCCGCACGCAGAGAAUGCCACUGCCAGCGUGGCUCAGCACCACCAGCAUCCUGGACGUGCCAAUCACGUCCCCCCUCACCAUGGGCACCCCACGGGGCUGAUCCAGCACCACCCCACACCCAGCCCCAGCGGCCCCAGCAGCCCCCCCGCAGCACCCACCUCCCUCCCAGCGCCACGGUGCCUCCACCACCCCAGCGGGGACGGGGUGUCCGCCGCCAAGGGCCCCCCCGGGGGCUGCGUGGCCCUGGCAGGAGCCCGGCAGCGGGGCCGGCUCCGCGUCCCCUCCUCUCUGCCCACAACAAAGGAAUUCUGCAAACCUCGCUGCCGUCACAUCUCACAGCCAAAAGCACGGCGGGAGCCCAAGCGCCGGAGCAGCAGCGUGGCAAGCCCCCAGGCCCAGCCCCGCGGCCCUGAAAGGGUUUGCCUGCGCCUGGAACCAACAGCGGGGAGGAGAGCACCGGGGCUGGUGGGCCUGGCACAGAGAGAGAUGGGCCUCCAGCACCGGCCUCCUCACCGGCGCCUCACCGGGUUUACUGAGCCCCCCACAUCGCGGUGCCGCCGGCCCCCGGGCACCGCAGCGGGGACGGGGACGGUGCCGCACGUACCUGGGGCCGUGCUCACGGCGCGCGGAGGUUCAUCCCCGCCGGUGGAGCCGAGCACCCCGCCGGAUCCACGGAAACCCGAGAGCAAAGUUCUCAUUUCCGACUCCAUUGUGCCAGAGUUUUUGCGGCGUUUCCUGCCUUUUCUGGCGUCCCCCAUCCCCACAUAG